AUGUGGCCUAAAGAUAAGCCUGAGCUCUCCAGGGCUUCCGCUUUGCUGGCUCCGCCUCCACCCCCCCGCAGCUCCUCCCUGCACCCUGACCCCCUGGCGAGCGGGACCCUCACCUCGUUUCCGCCCCCUCUGUUCGCGUUACUCUUCAUCCUGGCCCCUCCCGGCCCCCGGGGCCAGGCCGCCGGCGGAGCGGCGCUUUGCGGAGAGGCGGAGACGCGGAGCCCCGGGUUCCGCCUGCAGCGGGGACACGUGGAGCGCAGCCACAGCCCACGGCAAGAUCGAAACAGAGUUUCUGAAGAACUGAUUAUGGUCGUCCAAGAAAUGAAAAAGUGCUUCCCGUCCGAGAGACACCGUAAACCAAGCACGCUGGAUGCCCUCAACUACGCCCUUCGCUGUGUACACAGCGUGCAAGCCAACAGUGAGUUUUUCUCAGUUCUCCACCAAGAGGGAGCCUCUGUGCGGGAGGAGACCCUGUGCAACCUUGAGGAGCUGGCUGCCCUUGCCUCAGAGCACACAUCCAAAAACACAGAUACCUUUGUGGCAGUGUUUUCCUUUCUGUCUGGAAGGUUAGUGCACAUUUCUGCACAGGCUGCUUCGAUCCUGAAUUGUAAGAAAGAUUUCUUGGAGACCUUUCACUUUGUUGACCUGCUUGGCCCUCAAGACGUGAGGGUGUUCUAUGCACACACUGCCCGAGCUCAGCUUCCCUCCUGGAACAAUUGGACCCAAAGAGCAGCAUCUCAGUAUGAAUAUGCUCCAGUGAAAUCCUUUUUCUGCAGAAUCCGUGGAGGUGAAGAUAGAGAGCGAGAGAAGUAUUAUUCCCCGUUCCGGAUUAUCCCGUACUUGAUUCAUGUGCAUAGCUCUGCCCAGCCAGAAUCGGAACCUUGCUGCCUCACGCUGGUUGAAAAGAUUCACUCUGGUUAUGAAGCUCCUCGAAUUCCAGUGGAUAAAAGAAUUUUUACCACAACACAUACCCCAGGCUGUGUUUUUCUUGAAGUAGAUGAAAGGGCAGUGCCUUUGCUAGGUUACCUACCUCAGGACCUGAUUGGAACAUCGAUCUUAACACACUUGCACCCAGAAGAUCGUUCUCUGAUGGUUGCCAUACACCAAAAAGUCUUGAAAUAUGCAGGCCAUUCUCCCUUUGAACAUUUGCCUGUGAGAUUUUGUACGCAAAAUGGAGACUACGUCAUAUUGGAUUCCAGUUGGUCCAGCUUCGUGAACCCCUGGAGCCGGAAGAUUUCUUUCAUCAUUGGUCGGCACAAAGUUCGAACAAGUCCACUAAAUGAGGAUGUUUUUGCUACCAGAAUAAAAAAGACAAACGAUAAUGACAAAGACAUAACAGAAUUACAAGAGCAAAUCCACAAACUUCUCUUGCAGCCAGUUCACGUGAGCGCUUCCAGUGGCUAUGGGAGCCUGGGAAGCAGUGGCUCGCAGGAGCAGCACAUUAGUGCCACAUCCUCCAGUGAGUCCAGUGGGCACUGCGUGGAGGACACACACAAGGAGCCGAUGACCUUGCAGCAGGUCUAUGCCAGUGUAAACAAAAUUAAGAAUCUGGGUCAGCAACUCUACAUUGAAUCAGUGACCAAACCAUCAGUCAAGCCAGUGAUGGGGACACAUACAGAGCCGCUUGGUGGUGAUGAGCAAGAAGCCUUUUCUUCCUUCCAAGCAUUGAAAAAUAAGAGCAUGAACAUUGAGUCUUGUGGCGAUUUGAAGAAAGAUCAGCAUAGCCCAUCCUAUCAGCAGAUAAACUGUAUUGACAGUGUUAUUAGAUACCUGAAGAGCUACAACAUUCCAGCUUUGAAAAGAAAGUGUGUGUCCUAUACAAAUACAGCUUCUUCAUCCUCAGAAGAAGACAGACAGCACCACAAGGCAGAUGAUGCCCAAGCAUUGCAAGUUUCUCUUGUGUCACCAGCUAGACCUAAAUCAGAAAUGCCAACAGACAGACAGUCCUCAUAUGCUGGAGGAGGAGCUCCAUGGACCCUGUCUACCACAGCGCUGAGCUUGGGAUCAGGCAUAAGCCAGUGCAGUUACAGCAGCACCAUUGUUCACAUCGCACCCCCCGAGUCAGCAGAGGAUGCCACCCUAGCAUGUGAGCCCUGGACCCUAAGCACACAACCAGCUCCUUUGGCCUUGGCAGAGUUUAAACAUGUAGGGCUCACAAAGGCUGUUCUGUCAGCCCACACCCAGCAGGAGGAACAGCAUUACGUUGAUAAAUUCCGAGAAAAGAUUUUGUCAUCACCCUACAGCACCUAUCUUCAGCAAGAAAGCAGAAGCAAAGCUAAAUAUUCACAAGUUGAAGGAGAUUCUGCUUCUAAGCAGACGAGAUCAGCUGGUUGCAAGAAAGAGAAACACAAGCGGAAGAAGCUGCCUGUGCCCUUGAACAGCAGGGGCCCCAGUGUCAACCCCGGCUUCCGCAUCAGAGGGGUGCUUCAGGACGCACGACCCUGGGGCCCUUCCUUGGCCUCCUCCCCUCACACCUCGGGCCUGACGUUCCCAUCUGACAUAAUGGUUCCCAGCCAGGCCCCUUAUCUCACCCCAGCUCUUCCCCUCCCAGGCAUGACCUCUCUGGAGAGAGAAUAUGCAACCUCAGAAACUGUCCAAGAACGUCUGCCUAAACCGCCUUUAUCCAGUGGCUUGCAGUCUUUUCCGGGUUUCCCUUCUCCUUCCGUGGACCCUUUUAUAACCGUUUUCCUGCCUGACUGUCCACUGUUGUCUCCGUCAUUCUUUCCAUGCCCAUCCUUGGGAGCUGCAGGCUCUUCUGCCGCACCACCCUCAGUGUCAGCAGUGGCUCCAAGCCUAGACCCACCACGUUCAGCCACCACCCAGAGGAACAGGGAGGAGAAGUGGGAGAUGCAGAGUGCAGAGUGCCCACUGGUCACGUCCAGGAGCAACUCACCCUUACAGCUAGAUCUGCUUCAGGAAGAAAUGCCCAGGUCUUCUGAGGCUUCAGAUCAGAUGAAAAAGAGUAUCUGCCCAGAAGCUAAGUAUCAAUGUGUUACAGGCCACAGAGGAAAUAAGAAAAGUUGUCCUACUGCCAGUGAACUGUCCAUGGUGUUACUUCACAAAGAGUCUCCAUCUGGAACUGGUUCUGCAGCAUCAGGAAGCAGUGACAGCAGUAUAUACUUGGCAAAUAGUGAUUAUUCUUCUGAAAUCUGCCAGAAUGGGCAGCAAUCUCGGCAUGUACAGAAUAAAGAAACAUUUCCCAAUUUAGCUGAAGAAUCUAUUUGGAGAAUGAUUCAACAAACACCUGAGUGCAUUCUAAUGACGUAUCAGGUACCUGAGAGGAUUAAAGAAGUUGUACUAAAAGAAGACCUCAGAAAGCUAGAAAGCAUGAGGCACCAACAGCCCCAGUUUUCUCAUGGACAAAUGGAGGAGCUGGCCAACGUGUAUACUUGGAUUCAAAGGCAGACUAUUCCUCAAGAAAUAGACACUCAAGGCUGCAUCACUUGCAAAAGCAAAGAUUCAGUUGAUCCUGCUACAGAGUUCUGUGGUCAUGAUCCAGCGGAGGAUGGCAGUUGAGUGACGAUGGAGAUGUUCCUUCACACCCUUCCAAAGACAUGUUAGACAAAUAGACCUUUAAGUUUAUCUCUUUGAAACCCAGACUCUUAAAUGAACAUGAAAUUAUUAUUGAAUGUUACAGUUUCCCUUCUUGAUUUUUUUGAUAAACAUAAUAUUUCUGAAACAGAAAUAUUUUUCUGUUUUAUGGUGUAUUAAAACUAUCAGUUAGGCUCUUUGUUUAGUUUAGCUGCCUUCUAAAGAGAUUGGAUGGCCUCUAAAGAGGUACAGCAGAAUUUUAUUUCAGUUGUCACCCAAAAUGAAUUAUAAUUAGAAGUAUAGCUAGAAAGGACCCCAAACUUUAGUCUCAUUUAUGUUGUUCUAUUGCUACAUAAAGAGCUUUUCCUAUUAGAGUACUUGGAAAAAAUCCCACCUACAGAUUAUGUACUUUUCAUAAUGAUUUGCAUACAUUUAAUACAUUCA